GGAAAAUUAUCUGUCAUUCGCCAAUUGACAGCGCGCGAACGAGGUUGCGCUAACGGUUUUGCAAAAAGGUUGUAUAUAAUUUAUGUUCUGUGUUAUUCAAGUGAAUGUGCAACCAGUUGAGAGUUGUUUUGCUACUUGAAGUCUAGAUAAAGCCAGAAAAAUGGACAUCGAAAACGCGAAUUGCAAAGCGAAGCUGUCGGAAUGCGUUCACAAUUUCGAUCUGGAUCAGAUGUAUAUCGAAAGGCCGUUAAAAGUUGAUGUACAAAUCACAGGACUCGAGAGAUUGGUAGAAGAGCUGCACAGGGUGUUCUCAAAGAACCACGUCAAUAUACAGGAGGUUCAGAAAUUAAUGCUAAGCUACAAAUCCGAUCCUAAAGAUUGGAGGAAAUACGCUAAAUAUGAUCGUUUUAGGUAUACCCGUAACCUAGUAGACGCGGGGAACGGGGCCUUUAACAUCAUGGUGCUUUGUUGGGGCCCCGGGCACGCGUCCGCGAUACACGACCACGCAGAUUCGCACUGCUUUAUGAAGUUGUUGAGCGGGAAUUUGGAUGAAGUCAGAUAUGACUGGCCGGAAAACAUCGAACCGGAAGUGAUGAAGAAACUAAAAAGGAAACCGACAAGACGUUGCUGUUCAGAAAGCGAAGACCUAACCGAAGAAAUGCGUAGAAUGGGCGUCAAGUGUCCAAACGGCAACUGUCAGAGCAACGUCAACGACAGCUGUCAAACUGACAGCGCGAAUUUUGACAGCUGUCAGAAUGGAAACAGUGACAGUGACAGCUGUCAGAAUGGCGGGAAAAUUGAUCAGACGAAUGAUGAAUACGCUGAUGGUUAUGAUGUUCAGAGUAUGAAGGAGACAGGGCGUACGAGAUUGGAAGUUAACGACGUUUGUUAUAUUAAUGAUGCUCUCGGCCUGCACAGAAUGGAGAACCCCUCCCACGUAGACGGAGCCGUGUCGCUACACUUGUAUUGCCCACCGUUUGACAGUUGCAGAGUGUUCGACGCACGGACAGGCAAACCGACAGAAGUCAAAGUUACGUUCUGGUCAAUGUAUGGAAAAAAGAUUAAACGGGUGAUGGAAGCCAGCGAAAUAGCUGACAGUCAACAAUAAACUUUUUCAUGAAAAAAUAACUUUUGUAUAUUAUUUAAAUUAUUACAUAAGUAAUAAAUGUAUUUUAUUAACUGUAUGAUAAAUAUAAGAGUA